UAGAAUUGAAGAUCGUAGAAGAAAGGGAUCUCGUGGACCUCUUGCAUCGUUACAACAGGGGAAGUUGUCUUCCGGUCGGAGGAAGGGAGCGGCAGGGAAGGAGACGCAAACAAGCCAUGCCAGGCCCUUCGAGGAAGGUCUCUGCUGCUUCUGCCAGAGCUCACACUCGGAAGAAUGCGCGCGCUGGUUCCUCUUUCCUAUCUGGAGGGAUGAUGCUAAAUUUUUCAAUCAUUCUAUUUGUGGGGCUAAUAGCUUGGUCAUAUCAUCUAAUUCAGCCUCCACCUGCAAAGAUUUGUGGGUCUAAAGAUGGUCCUCCUGUAACAGCUUCAAGAAUUAAGCUCAAAGAUGGAAGGCAUUUGGCCUACUUGGAGAAUGGAGUUCUGAAAGAAAAAGCCAAGUACAAGAUAGUGUUCAUCCAUGGUUUUGACUGUUGCAGAUAUGAUGUAUUCCCAAUAUCCCCGGCAUUGAUUGAAGAACUAGGGAUUUAUAUGCUGUCAUUUGACAGAGCUGGAUAUGGACAGAGUGAUCCUAACCCAAAGAUGACCGAGAAAAGUAUUGCAUUAGAUAUUGAAGAGUUGGCUCACCAAUUGGAACUUGGACCUAAAUUUUAUGUUAUUGGGUUUUCAAUGGGAGGAGAGUUUACUUGGACUACUCUUAAGUACAUUCCGCACAGGCUUGCUGGAGCUGCUAUUGUUGCCCCUGUUUCCAAUUAUUGGUGGCGUGGUUUUCCUUCUAAUUUAUCAAAGGAAGCUUAUAAUCUGCAGUUCCUGCAAGAUAAAUGGGCAGUUGGAGUAGCUCAUUAUGCUCCUUGGUUGACAUACUGGUGGAACACUCAGAAAUUGUUUCCUGGUUUAAGUGUUAUAUAUAAACGUGCUGAUGGUUUUUCAUCUGCAGACCUCAAGGUCUUCCCAAAGCUUGCGCUCAGAGAGCAAUAUGCGGCACAAGUAAGGCAACAAGGAGAAUACCUGUCGCUUCAUCGUGACAUGAUCAUUGGGUUCGGUCACUGGGAGUUCAGUCCGUUAGAACUUGACAACCCAUUUCCCAACAAUGAAGGAUCCGUUCAUCUGUGGCAUGGCACAGAGGAUACCAUUGUGCCAUUCAGCCUUUCACGUUAUAUCAGCCAAAAGCUAUCGUGGAUUCAGUUUCAUGAAGUUCCAGAUGCAGGCCACAUGUUUCCGUUGGCGGAUGGCAUGAGUGAUGUUAUUGUAGAGGCGCUUUUACUGGGAAAAAAGUAACAGCUUCUAUCACCUUUAUUUUCCCAUCUCUAGACUCGAUUAGUUUAUUUUCAUGUUUAAUGCCCAACAUGCAACUUGGUCAAUGGUUCAAUUUGUCCUCCAAUUUGCAACUCGUAUUGGUUCUUAGGGUGUUGAAUGGGGAUUUUAAUGGAAACUCUUUCGUAUGUAAUUUUAAUUGAAAAUUGGAGGUUUCGGUUGGCUUGGACA